AUGACCACUCUCCGAAAGGAAAGUCUCUACGCCAACCUUAAGAAAUGCUCGUUCUGCACAGACGAGUUAGUCUUUCUAGGCUUCGUGGUCAGCUCUCGAGGGUUGCGAGUUGAUGGUGAAAAGAUCAAGGCCAUUCAGGAGUGGCCGACACCAUCUACUAUAGGCCAUGGGAGCUUCCUCGGCCUUGCUAGUUUCUAUCGCCGAUUUGUCCGAGAUUUCAGCAGUAUUGCUGCACCCCUUACCGCGGUCACCAAGAAAGACGUGGUCUUUGAAUGGGGCGAGGAUCAAGAGCGUGCUUUUUCCGCUCUCAAAGAUAGCCUCACUACCGCACCGGUCUUAGUUCUUCCGAACUUUGACAAAACUAUCUUUGAAAAGAUCUUGGCUCCGCUUAGCUCAUCGAGCAUGUCAUCAAGUCGGG